AUGGGGGUGGAAUGGGACAUCCAUCCUGAGGCCCAUGAAGAGAGGGAGAAGGAGGCUGUGCUGGCUAUCGUGUUUGAAGCAACUGCUGCUGCUGCACGUGCCACUGCUGCUCCAGCCUCUAAGGCAUUGGCUAAGAAGCCAGAGAAGGUGUCAGGAUGAUCCAAAUCCGAUUUUUCCUGGAGGAAAGUUCUUUCCAGGAAGAACUUUCUCUCACUACUUGGAAAGGGAGUUGAAGUCUACGCAGUACAGAAGGACACCAGCUGCACGAGCCUGGGGCUCAGGAGCCUGGACACGGGCAGCACAAGAGGACUUGGUACUUCUAACUCCUUUAAACUCAACAACAAACCAAGAGGAAGGUGCCAAGAUAGCAGCAAAGGCCAAGAAUCACCGGACCCUUUACUUGGCACUGCCGAGAAGCCCAGAUCAGCUGUGGCUGUGAAGGAAAUCCCAAGGAAAGCCAAGAAACUGGCAGCCACCAUGGCCGAGAAAGCAAUUAAGAGUUUACAGAAUACAAAAGCUGACAGACCAAAAAAGGCAAAGAUCUAGAAAAGGAAACCAGUGAAACCCAAGGCUCCUAAACCCAAGGCAGAGAAAUCGAAAGUGGCCUUCAGGCUGAGAAGGUAG